UUCAGUCGCUGUCAAUUACAAUUAUUCUGAAACUGAAUCUCCAAUCGCGUCUGUUUUCGUGUUGUUUGCGUAGUCCUACUUUCACACCACCGUUUUUUUUUUGCUGACAGCUGUAACAAAGUCGACACACGGUUUGUCGACGUAAAGAAUGGACUUGGAAGAUAGUCACCAGGAGAAAGGGAUGGAAGAGGAGGUGGAGGUGGAGGCAGAGAAACCAGACACUCAACUAAAGGAAGAGAAGAAGGUCAUGUCUGGCAAGGCCCCCAAAAAAUCUGCAGACCAAGGCACUGAAGAAGGUUCCUCAGUGGCAUUCUGUUCACCCCGAGCUCACUAUCCAGAUAAAUACCGAAACAGAGCGGCCGUAAUUCAACUCUUACAUGAGGAAUUACGCAAGAGUCAACUUUACCCCUCAGAAAUGGAAGAGGACGUCUGCUUCCCAAUCCUCAUCAAUUUCAUGAGGAAUCUCACUGAUAGGCAGUGGGAGGUGAUUCAGGAGGGCAUGAGAAAUCCUACAACCAAAGUACAACUUGCCAAAAUGUGUAGGAAGAUAGCGAAAACAGUUUCCCACAUUGCGGUAGAGAUCCUCAUCCCGACCCUUGCACAAAUAUUAGAGCUUGAUUCCGCUGGAGAAGCUAGUUCCUCUCCCUCGCUGACUGGAUCAGAGUGCGCCAACAUUGCAAGCAUCCAGGAACAUGUGGUGAAAUUGAAUGAAGAUGGUCUACCUAAGAGGCCUGGCAGUGGAAGGUCCCUGUGCAGUCAAUGGGUCAGGAGUCCCUACCCCUCAUCCACUGAAUUUGAACAGAGUCUGGAAUUGAUCCGCGGACACAGUUACCACAACAGAGAAUUGAGGACGAGCGACAGUGGCAGACAUUAUUACAGCUCCCACACACCCACUCCACGUUCUUCCACAAGUUCCCAGACGUCGUUGCAGAGGGCACAUCGAGUAGACAUUCGACUGACAGAUCCUCUGAAUGCCCUCUUUGGGAUCACAGAGGCCACAAUUCUCCAAACGCUGGGUGAUCAAUCCUGCUCUUCUGGCUCACCUGGAUUGACCAGAUCUGUGGUCAGAGAUGUCGUGAGUCAGGUGAACUCUGACAUCUCACUGAUCAUCUCCUGUUCCAGCUCAGGUAAAUCAAGACCAGUGUUGUGUGACACUGGCAGGCGAUAUGCCAUGCAGGCCGCCCAGAAGCUGGUGUCUGUUAUCUGUGCCAAGUUGCGGAGGUUUGGAAUCACUGGACAGGCUGCGCCUCAAGCCAAAACCAAUCCAUCUAAGGAGAAUGUGGACAUUGAGGCUUCUCUUGCACCAUUGACAGGAGAGGUCAUGGCUGUUAUGGUCAACUCCAGAGAAUGCCAGGGAGGAGAGCAAGGAACAAUGGAUGUGCUUCGAGAAAUAACACACAAAGUAAAUGUUUUGGCUUCAAGGGAUAGUGUUGGUCUUCUGGAAGACUCCCUAGCAGAGGAAAAAAAUCUGAAAGAGACUGUAUCCUCUGGCAGCUUGGUGAGUCCAAACAUCCUCAUACUUUCACCUUCUGAGAAAAAGCUUGGAUCUCCUGUAAUGACAACCAUUGAGAAAUUCUCCAGUGGUGAAUUGAAGUCAGAAGCCACUAACGCUAUUAGCGAAGUGCUCAUUAGGUCUAGCAGAAGUCUAUCUGCAGAAAUGUCUGCUUGCACACCUGAGCAUUCAUGUAAUCUGGCCAGUGAAAGGAAUCUGCCAGCUAUGCCAGAACUUUUAACAACUACAAUUAAUGUAGGUUCUGAAGCCUCUGAAAUUAUGGAUUCCUUUCUGAGCGAUAUGACAUGUAUCGCACAAUCAGAUUUCACAAAAAUGAAAGCUCUACCCGCGGCCCUUAACCUUUCUAAAAGAUUGCAGAAUACGCUGAGGGGAUUUUACUCUCGACUUUUGGCCCCUAACAGCUCAGAACGAGACAAAGAGGAGAAUCUAGAGCAAGCUAAAAACAUUUCUGCUCCUACUUUGAUCCAAAAGUCAUUUGGAUCCAACAAGAGUGAGCGUAUACUUCCAGGGGUCAUAUCACCAGGAGAAGUGGCUCUUCAUAGACAUCAGAGCGAAAGCUCCAGACCUAUGGCUCUUAGCCCUCAGAUCAUUCAGCUUCACCUCGACUCUACCACUAAGGAGGUUGUGAGCACAAUUGUGUCAUGUUACAAGCCAGAAGUUCCUGAGGAAGAAUUGACAUAUUCACAUGAAAAGAUGUCAUCGGAUACAUCCCUUUUGGCUACUGAGUUUGUGGACCAUGUCAUAGCUUGGUUAAAGGUAAUCUCUGCCGCAAGUUCUGCAACUUCUUCAUCAGAGAGUUUGUGCGUUUCUCCAAAUGCAUUCAUUUGCGAACUCUCCAGUGAAACGUUUCAGACACAGGCUGUGAAACGAGUGAAACAAGUCCUAAUUGAAUCUGUCAGGUGCUUUUCCAACUCAGGAAGUUCCAGCAUAUCAGAGUCCCACACUAGUCGGGUCAGUCAAUCAGAUGUUGGCAUUCAACAGGAUUCCUCCUCAACUUCCUUUAUGAGCAUGGACUCAUCCUCUUUUGGUGUUGUUGCAGCCGUUGUGAAAGACAUGAAGAGCCUGUUGCAGACAACCGAAUCAACUGAUAGUCUACAGCCAACUGAUUCUGCCCUUCUACAUGGUACCACAAGUUAUUCUGAGACAUCAAGCAAGAGCUGGCAAAGUGGUGUUGCCAUUUCUGACUUUAAACUUUGGUCUACAGCACAGACUAUUUAUAGGCACCUGCGGAACAACCUGAGAGAGGUUUUCAUCCGGCAUCAUCAACCAGAUGUAAAAACCACAGAUGCUAUCAUAACGCAAGCCAAAAAAAGCAGCAGUCAAAUCUUGCUUGCCAUCCAAGAGGAAAUGACCAGAUCGGAGGAAUUGAUGACCUCACAGGAGCUGGUGCAACUCCAUGGCAUUGUGGGAAUGAUGCUGGAGGGUGUGGAGACAGUUUGCAGUGAGGAUGAUACAGAGCAAGAGUGGCAAGAGCUUCAAAGGCCUUCAACUUCUUUAUCUACUGCUUCAAAAGGAUCAAUGUCUCAGAGAUUGAACAAUACUCACACUCUCCCAGGAACUCCAAUGUCAACUGAGUUACUGGACAGUAGCUUCCCUGUCAUUAGAAGCACAUGUAUUGAUGCAAGAGAUGAUAUUGCAUCUGGGGCCUCAUUGAGUGACCUAGGAAAAACCCUGAAUGGUGCGGUGAGCUUCAUCAUUGAACAUCUUGAUCCUGAAGUGAUGCAGCAGAUCACUUCUCCAGACUCUGAUCUAACAUCACUAGAAGAACUUAUCUCAAAGGAGAAGAUUCACUCAUUGUGCCAUGACCUUGUUGCUCAACUUGAGAGCCUCAUUCAGGAGCAGAACAGCAUCCCACUAAUCAAAUCGGUGGCAGUCGCUAAGUGUGUCUCUGACACAGUUUUGCUUAACCUAGCAAGGAGGGAAAACCAAGUGGGGAAACCCUUCUCCUCCAAACUCAUCUACAUGUUCGCUGAGGAGUUAGUGAAGCAAUUGCUGCUUCCUUUGAUCUUGCCUCCUUCAUUGUGGGGCUUGGAUCAGGAAGCCUCCCUUUACGAUGUUCCGUCGAGCACAUCUAGUCACCGCAGCUCAAGCUCCACUACUUCUCUAGUGACUGUACUUGAUGGUAGUAGCUCUCUGGUGUCUGCUAGUUCUUCGCAGGUUUACGAUGACACAGUGAAUCUGUUCACAAGCGCGAUCUGUCACCAAGUGAUGGACAACAUUUCUGGAGCCUCUAGUCACACAGUGGAGGACAACAUCCAUGACAGAGAGGCAUCCAUCAUUGCUACUGGGUCUGUGGAGCAGGCCCAGAGUGAUUCCAGUUCUCCUCGGGCUGUGAAACAAGGCAAAUGGAGGUUCAGAUUCCUCCCAAAGUUUUCCAAGUUCAGACUCAACCUCAAGGACUUGGAAGAUAGCCACCAGGAGAAAGGGAUGGAAGAGGAGGUGGAGGCAGAGAAACCAGACGCUCAACUAAAGGAAGAGAAGAAGGUCAUGUCUGGCAAGGCCCCCAAAAAAUCUGCAGACCAAGGCACUGAAGAAGGUUCCUCAGUGGCAUUCUGUUCACCCCGAGCUCACUAUCCAGAUAAAUACCGAAACAGAGCGGCCGUAAUUCAACUCUUACAUGAGGAAUUACGCAAGAGUCAACUUUACCCCUCAGGAAUGGAAGAGGACGUCUGCUUCCCAAUCCUCAUCAAUUUCAUGAGGAAUCUCACUGAUAGGCAGUGGGAGGUGAUUCAGGAGGGCAUGAGAAAUCCUACAACCAAAGUACAACUUGCCAAAAUGUGUAGGAAGAUAGCGAAAACAGUUUCCCACAUUGCGGUAGAGAUCCUCAUCCCGACCCUUGCACAAAUAUUAGAGCUUGAUUCCGCUGGAGAAGCUAGUUCCUCUCCCUCGCUGACUGGAUCAGAGUGCGCCAACAUUGCAAGCAUCCAGGAAUAUGUGGUGAAAUUGAAUGAAGAUGGUCUACCUCAGAGGCCUGGCAGUGGAAGGUCCCUGUGCAGUCAAUGGGCCAGGACUCCCUCCCCCUCAGCCACUGAUUUUGAGCAGUCACACAUGGUGACAUUUGAUGACAAAGAUCUAUCCACAAGGCCCAGCAGUGGAAGGUGUCUGUACAGUCAAUGGGUCAAGAGUCCCUACCCCUCAUCCACUGAAUUUGAACAGAGGCUGGAAUUGAUCCGCGGACACAGUUACCAAAACAGAGAAUUGAGGACGAGCGACAGUGGCAGACAUUAUUACAGCUCCCACACACCCACUCCACGUUCUUCCACAAGUUCCCAGACGUCGUUGCAGAGGGCACAUCGAGUAGACGUUCGACUGACAGAUCCUCUGAAUGCCCUCUUUGGGAUCACAGAGGCCACAAUUCUCCAAACGCUGGGUGAUCAAUCCUGCUCUUCUGGCUCACCUGGAUUGACCAGAUCUGUGGUCAAAGAUGUCGUGAGUCAGGUGAACUCUGACAUCUCACUGAUCAUCUCCUGUUCCAGCUCAGGUAAAUCAAGACCAGUGUUGUGUGACACUGGCAGGCGAUAUGCCAUGCAGGCCGCCCAGAAGCUGGUGUCUGUUAUCUGUGCCAAGUUGCGGAGGUUUGGAAUCACUGGACAGGCUGCGCCUCAAGCCAAAACCAAUCCAUCUAAGGAGAAUGUGGACAUUGAGGCUUCUCUUGCACCAUUGACAGGAGAGGUCAUGGCUGUUAUGGUCAACUCCAGAGAAUGCCAGAGAGGAGAGCAAGGAACAAUGGAUGUGCUUCGAGAAUUAACACACAAAGUAAAUGUUUUGGCUUCAAGGGAUAGUGUUGGUCUUCUGGAAGACUCCCUAGCAGAGGAAAAAAAUCUGAAAGAUACUGUAUCCUCUGGCAGCUUGGUGAGUCCAAACAUCCUCAUACUUUCACCUUCUGAGAAAAAGCUUGGAUCUCCUGUAAUGACAACCAUUGAGAAAUUCUCCAGUGGUGAAUUGAAGUCAGAAGCCACUAACGCUAUUAGCGAAGUGCUCAUUAGGUCUAGCAGAAGUCUAUCUGCAGAAAUGUCUGCUUGCACACCUGAGCAUUCAUGUAAUUUGGCCAGUGAAAGGAAUCUGCCAGCUAUGCCAGAACUUUUAACAACUACAAUUAAUGUAGGUUCUGAAGCCUCUGAAAUUAUGGAUUCCUUUCUGAGCGAUAUGACAUGUAUCGCACAAUCAGAUUUCACAAAAAUGAAAGCUCUACCCGUGGCCCUUAACCUUUCUAAAAGGUUGCAGAAUACGCUGAGGGGAUUUUACUCUCGACUUUUGGCCCCUAACAGCUCAGAACGAGACAAAGAGGAGAAUCUAGAGCAAGCUAAAAACAUUUCUGCUCCUACUUUGAUCCAAAAGUCAUUUGGAUCCAACAAGAGUGAGCGUAUACUUCCAGGGGUCAUAUCACCAGGAGAAGUGGCUCUUCAUAGACAUCAGAGCGAAAGCUCCAGACCUAUGGCUCUUAGCCCUCAGAUCAUUCAGCUUCACCUCGACUCUACCACUAAGGAGGUUGUGAGCACAAUUGUGUCAUGUUACAUGCCAGAAGUUCCUGAGGAAGAAUUGACAUAUUCACAUGAAAAGAUGUCAUCGGAUACAUCCCUUUUGGCUACUGAGUUUGUGGACCAUGUCAUAGCUUGGUUAAAGGUAAUCUCUGCCGCAAGUUCUGCAACUUCUUCAUCAGAGAGUUUGUGCGUUUCUCCAAAUGCAUUCAUUUGCGAACUCUCCAGUGAAACGUUUCAGACACAGGCUGUGAAACGAGUGAAACAAGUCCUAAUUGAAUCUGUCAGGUGCUUUUCCAACUCAGGAAGUUCCAGCAUAUCAGAGUCCCACACUAGUCGGGUCAGUCAAUCAGAUGUUGGCAUUCAACAGGAUUCCUCCUCAACUUCCUUUAUGAGCAUGGACUCAUCCUCUUUUGGUGUUGUUGCAGCCGUUGUGAAAGACAUGAAGAGCCUGUUGCAGACAACCGAAUCAACUGAUAGUCUACAGCCAACUGAUUCUGCCCUUCUACAUGGUACCACAAGUUAUUCUGAGACAUCAAGCAAGAGCUGGCAAAGUGGUGUUGCCAUUUCUGACUUUAAACUUUGGUCUACAGCACAGACUAUUUAUAGGCACCUGCGGAACAACCUGAGAGAGGUUUUCAUCCGGCAUCAUCAACCAGAUGUAAAAACCACAGAUGCUAUCAUAACGCAAGCCAAAAAAAGCAGCAGUCAAAUCUUGCUUGCCAUCCAAGAGGAAAUGACCAGAUCGGAGGAAUUGAUGACCUCACAGGAGCUGGUGCAACUCCAUGGCAUUGUGGGAAUGAUGCUGGAGGGUGUGGAGACAGUUUGCAGUGAGGAUGAUACAGAGCAAGAGUGGCAAGAGCUUCAAAGGCCUUCAACUUCUUUAUCUACUGCUUCAAAAGGCUCAAGGUCUCAGAGAUUGAACAAUACUCACACUCUCCCAGGAACUCCAAUGUCAACUGAGUUACUGGACAGUAGCUUCCCUGUCAUUAGAAGCACAUGUAUUGAUGCAAGAGAUGAUAUUGCAUCCGGGGCCUCAUUGAGUGACCUAGGAAAAACCCUGAAUGGUGCGGUGAGCUUCAUCAUUGAACAUCUUGAUCCUGAAGUGAUGCAGCAGAUCACUUCUCCAGACUCUGAUCUAACAUCACUAGAAGAACUUAUCUCAAAGGAGAAGAUUCACUCAUUGUGCCAUGACCUUGUUGCUCAACUUGAGAGCCUCAUUCAGGAGCAGAACAGCAUCCCACUAAUCAAAUCGGUGGCAGUCGCUAAGUGUGUCUCUGACACAGUUUUGCUUAACCUAGCAAGGAGGGAAAACCAAGUGGGGAAACCCUUCUCCUCCAAACUCAUCUACAUGUUCGCUGAGGAGUUAGUGAAGCAAUUGCUGCUUCCUUUGAUCUUGCCUCCUUCAUUGUGGGGCUUGGAUCAGGAAGCCUCCCUUUACGAUGUUCCGUCGAGCACAUCUAGUCACCGCAGCUCAAGCUCCACUACUUCUCUAGUGACUGUACUUGAUGGUAGUAGCUCUCUGGUGUCUGCUAGUUCUUCGCAGGUUUACGAUGACACAGUGAAUCUGUUCACAAGCGCGAUCUGUCACCAAGUGAUGGACAACAUUUCUGGAGCCUCGAGUCACACAGUGGAGGACAACAUCCAUGACAGAGAGGCAUCCAUCAUUGCUACUGGGUCUGUGGAGCAGGCCCAGAGUGAUUCCAGUUCUCCUCGGGCUGUGAAACAAGGCAAAUGGAGGUUCAGAUUCCUCCCAAAGUUUUCCAAGUUCAGACUCAACCUCAAGUGCCUGAGGCGGCGCAACAAAAAGCAGGUACAGCCCUCAGAGGAAGCCCAGGACCAGAUUAAGGUUCCCCGGGAAGAGGACCAUUGCAUAUUACCCAACACAGUGCCAAAGGCUGUCAUGGCUCCACUUCAAGAGAGUUGUCUCUCCACUUCUCAACCCAAGGAGAAGAAACACAAACCCUCCAUCUUUGUCAGGAUGUUCUUGGCCAUCAACAAAUGCUUUUGGAACACCUUAAAAUGUCAAUCUAACAAAUAACAACACCUAAUUAAUAAAAUAAAGAUUUACUGCAUUCAAUUAA